GCCUCUUCGGCGACGCACGGUUGGAAGUUGUACCGUGACGUGAUGGUCAGAUCGGAUGAUAGAAUUUUGCUCUACAAUUCCGUGUCCAGUCCUGGUCACCCAUAGUCUUCCAAAAUCCAGCAAGAAAAAUCCUUCUCAGAAAGGUCUCCAAUGCGUAUGACCUCAUCUUCCUUCGUAUCCUACUGCACUCCAGGACUAUGCCAAUUUAUGGCCAUGCUCCCAACAGCAGGUCACCUCCUGUCCCUCCUGCUGGUGAUAGGCACAGGAGGUACUGUGCCCAGCCCCCAGGUGCCUCCCCAGGGCUGUUAUGUGGCAAAGGAAGCAGGUGAACGGACUUUCCGCUGCAGCCAGGCAGGCCUCAGUGCUGUGCCCUCCGGCAUCCCCAAUGACACCCGCAAGCUCUACCUGGAUGCCAACCAGCUGGCAUCGGUGCCUGCUGGUGCCUUCCAGCACCUGCCUGCCCUGGAGGAGUUGGAUCUGUCCCAUAAUGCCCUUGCCCACCUCUCAGGGGCGGCUUUCCAGGGCCUGGAGGGCACGUUGCGCCACCUGGACCUCUCGGCCAACCAGCUGGCCUCAGUGCCCGUGGAGGCCUUUGUGGGGCUACAGAUCCAAGUGAACCUAUCCGCAAACCCAUGGCACUGUGACUGUGCCCUCCAGGAAGUGCUCCGGCAGGUGAGGCUGGUGCCGGGCACUGGGACAGGCAUCGUGUGUGGCUCAGGAGCCCGACCGGACCUCGUGGGGCAGGAGUUCCUGCUGCUGGCAGGGGAGGAAGAGCUGUGUGGGUCGGGGUGGGGUGGGGCCCGGAGGAGCACCGAUGUGGCCCUGCUGGUCACCAUGGGGGGCUGGCUGACACUCGUGGUGGCUUAUCUGGUGCAUUAUGUGUGGCAGAACCGAGAUGAGACCAGGCGCUCCCUCAAGCGGGCCCCAGUGCUGCCCAUGCGUUCCGAGGACUCCUCCAUCCUCAGCACAGUGGUCUGAUGACCCAGGAUGCUCCUCCAGCCACACCCCACACUCCUGCCCCUAUGCGCUCUCCUUUGCUCUGACCCCCUCUGCCUCCUGUGCAGCUUCACCCCUGCCCCCAAGCCCAUCCCACCCCUCCCUCCUUUAUUCCCCCUAAAUACCUAUGCUGGUUCUCUCUCUCUCUCUGUGUCGUCUUAACCAACACCAUCUUUGAUGCCUGGAGUUUUUUGGUGCCUACUCUGUGCCUGGAUUGUGCUAGACUCAGAAAACCCAUAACAGAGAAUGACAGCAGGUGGGGUGGGAGCAAGGGAGGAGGGGCUGUGGGGGGGUAGGUUGAGGAGGGAGCCUGCACCUGGCCCAGGGCAAUUUCAAAGGCUUCGCUGUAGGAUGUUUGAACUGAUUCUUUUUUUUUUGAGAUGGAGUCUCACUGUGUCAGCAGACUGCAGUGCAGUGGCAGGAUCUCUGCUCACUGCAACCUCUGCCUCCCAGGUUCAAGAGAUUCUCCUGCCUCAGCCUCCUGAGUAGCUGGGACUACAGGCGCGCGCCACCACGCCCAGCUAAUUUUUGUAGUUUUUAGUAGAGUUGGGGUUUCACCAUGUUGGCCAGGAUGGUCUUGAUCUCUUGACCUCGUGAUCUGCCCGACUUGGCCUCCCAAAGUGCUAGGAUUACAGGCGUGAGCGCGCCCGGCCUGAACUGACUCAGGUGGGUGGAUCACCCAAGGCAGCACGCAACGUGAACCCCUUGGGUGAUUACAGGCCCACACAGCCCAUCCACCACCAGCUUCUUCCUGCCCUACAGAGCUGAGGCCUGGAGUGGCAGUGAAAGCCAAGGGUACCCUGAGGGAGCCCCCAGCUGAGGGGGAGUGAAGCCCCACCCUUUCCUGAAUUGGGCUCACAAACAGAGGCUUCGAGAGCGCAACUCUAAGACUGAGGUCUCCUACAGAGUGAGGGGCAUCAAAGCCAGAGGCAACCUGGGGAGCUUAUUCCAAAGGGAGGGACUGGCUCCCCCAUUGGACUAAAGGGAGUUCAAACUGCUAGAAAUGAUUUUGCCUUAGGUCUCUGAGAAUCUGCCAUCAUCAACCUCUCUUACCUCCAAGGAACCCAUCUCUACUAAAAAUACAAAAAAUCAGCCGGGCGUGGUGGCAGGCACCUGUAAUCCCAGCUACUCAUGAGGCUGAGGCAGGAGAAUCACUUGAUCCCAGGAGGUUGAGGUGGCAGUGAGCUGAGAUCACACCACUGCACUCCAGCCUGGGCCACAGAUCGAGACCUUCUCUUAAAAAAAAAAAAAAAAAGAAUAGGGAGAGCUUUGGACAGAAAAGCAAGAGCAGAGAAGGCCCCUAGAUGAAAGGUGUGGACAAGGCAAGGAAGAUGUGCAACAACUCAGAAUGUCUGGGCAGCAGCAAGACUCACCCUGGGGCUGGAAGAGAGGGUGCAAAGAGGGGCAAGGGGAAAGUGGGUGGAACCAAGCUGGAGGCGAGGUCAAAAGCCAGGCUGUGGCCAGAUUUAAAAGGACACUGUGGGCUCCUCCUGUCUUCUCCCUCUGCCUCUACUGAGAGCCUCCCCUGGCUUCUUGCUUCUCUUGUCCCCAGGCUCCUCUUCCUCCUGUGCCCUCUACUGAGGAUCCCCUCCUCCGACUCAAGGUCCCUAUCCAGAGACUCCCUAUCUCUCUCCGUCCUCUCCUUUAUACACUGAUUAGUUUCCUGAGCUCCUUCUUGUUGGGGGAAGGUGGUCUCCUCUAUGACUGAGCUGGGGACGGGUGACUGGAGAGCUGGGGGAAGUAAGGAGACCCUGGACAACUCAAUAAAGUUACUUUUAU